AUGGAUCUACGAAGUUCUUCUACCUCUAGAGUUUUAAGGCAAAAGCCUUUGCCAUUAGCUGCAUAUAGAUGUAAUUGCCAUAUAGUGACUCGAAAGUCGGAGAAAUCUAUAAGCAAAACAUCAAGAAACCAAAGUGAUUAUUCGCUUUCUGAGCAACUCAAAAGUUUUGAUGACAGGAAAAAUCAAACCGCACGUUUCAGCAACAACGUAAAAACUGAGCCUUCUGAAGUUUUUGUUGGGGCAUCAAAUGAUAUGUCUCCAGGAUAUAAAAAUCUUCUCUCAGAAAUAAAAUAUAAGCACGAAUCCGUUGUAUGACUGAAAAAACAUAGAGAACUUAUUCUUGAAAUUUUGAAAGUGCCCAAUGUCCUCGCUUCUUUAAACGGUUUUAUCAUAUCAAAGCUCAAAGAACUUACAGUCACAGCAGAUAGUUUGACGAGUUUGAUAAACACUUUAAAUGAGUCACAUAUAGGAAAUAGCUAUGAUGAUGCAAUUCUCCAAGUGAUGUCAAGGCAACUCUAUCUUAAAGACGAAGAAAUCGCAGGGCUUAGGUCAGCAUCUGAAAAGCUGAGAGAAGAAAACAAAGAGCUUGCUAAUAUGCUGGUUUCAAUCGAAACUCAAAAUAAACUCAGUGUAGAAUAUAUUUAGAACGACCUUACAAAGUAUUUGAGCAACCCCAAUUUUUCACCGAAAAUAAAGCAAAGGGAAAUAAAAUCUCCCACUGAAAAACCGAAACUUUUGAAAUUUCAUAGGACUUUGGAAGAACUUGUAGAAAUGGCAACUAAAGCAACAAAUUAUGAUAGCGUAAGAAAUAGAUAGGGACUUAAAUUAUUAUCAGAGGAGUCUAAAAAGUAUAUAGAUGCUGAUGGGGUAUUUUUAUUCAAUAUAAACCCUCAGCGCACAAAAUUUUACACUUAUUCAAAUGGAGUGAAAUGUGAAAUGGCUGUAAAAAAUACAAUUUUAAGCUUGAUUUCACAUAACCAAAGGACAAAGUCAGCAAUUGAAGGCCAGCCUGAGUUUGACGCUAGAAUUGAGCCAACAAUAGGCAUGCGAGUGAGAUCAUUCCAAGCAGGAAUGAUAGUAGAUGAAAGCGACAAAAAUCUUGGAAUCUUAUUAGCAGUCAGAAAAACUGCUGAAAUUUCUCACGAGCGAGAAUUUAGCAACCUUUUGCUGCUCUUCUCAAUGUUCAUAUCAAAAUGGCAAGCAAAAAAUGAGCUUGGAAAAGAAAAAACCUCAUUGAUUACAACACUUAGCUCAUGCUCUGAACUGAUUAAACAAGUUGCGAUUACUGAUUUCAUACAAGUUCUGGAAGAAAAUCUUCCAAAAAUGAUGCACACAUCAAGAGCCACUGUACUUUUAUGCGACAAUAACAAUAGGAAACUAUAUAGAAAGGCUUCAAAUAGGCUUUUAAGGGCUGCAGAUAUAUUUCCAAGCCAACGAGGAAUUGCAGGCUACACAGCAAAUGUAAAAAUGCCAGUAAUUUGUAACGAUGUCAUUUCUGACAAAAGAUUUGUCAAAGAAAUUGAUGAUCCAUGCGGCACUUUCCCACAGAAUAUCUUAUUUCCUCAACAAAAAUAAUUUUUUUGCUUGAGAAAAAUAAUUUUAUUUUAAAAUUUCUAAAAUGAAAAUUAAUACGAAAAAUUCAUAAAAAAUUAAUAUAAUUCAUAAAAUUUCAGAUUGCAAAAUUGUUUAAAAUUCAAUAGAUUAGCAAGAGAUUUCAUUAUAAUAGUUAUUAUUAUGCACUAAAAUUGUUCUCGAUCGUUCAGGGAGUUUUUUUUUUUUUAAAAUAAGGAUUUUUCUAAUGGCUUUGCUCUAUAGCGAGAGUCAGCAGUUCCUUUAAACGGCAAAGAAACAGAAGGUUUGCCAAAAGCAGUGAUAGAGAUCAUAGAUAAAACCGACGGGACUUCAUUUACAGAGUAUGAAGCAGAUAUUAUGAUGGAAUACAGCAAAUUAAUAGCAAAUAUGAUGGAAAAUUUGCUUCUCCAGGAGAGCUUCUCCAAUAUAAACAGUGUGUUUAAAAAUCUAGAACAUUCUUUAGGAGAUCUUUCUUGCCAAGUUGAAGGCAGACCAGGAACCUUUGUUGCUGUUAAGAAAAACCUAGAAAUCUUUAAGACACUAUUCAAAAUAAGAUAUUAA